UAUUCUAAGAUUUAUCUGGACAUCAAAUUUGCCGGUUGCUUCUAUGUUGGCAACAUAGUGAAUUUGAAAGCUUCUGAUAUUACCACAUUUCUGCUAAUCUGUCACGACUAUUGGAAACAUAUGUCCACUGUAAUGCUUAUACUUUUGGAUUUGCUGUACUAACAGGCAUUUCGCAACUCUAUGCAUAGCAU